CUGGAGACGGCGCGGCAGGAGAGCGCGCGGCUGGGGCGCGAGAAGGAGGAGCUGGAGGAGCGGGCGUCUGAGCUCUCGCGCCAGGUGGACGUGAGCGUGGAGCUGCUGGCCUCACUCAAGCAGGACCUAGUGCACAAGGAGCAGGAGCUGAGCCGCAAGCAGCAAACAGUGCCUGGCUCCAAGAAGGGGUGGGAUGGGGAGUUCGGCAGGCCUGGUGCCUCUCCCUUCUCCUUACCGUCUGCUCCACCCCACCGUAGGGCCUCCAGCCGCGUCCCAGCUGCAUCCCAGAGCUCAGGCUGCUACGACAGUGACAGUCUGGAGUUGCCCCGGCCAGAAGAAGGGGCCCCGGAGGACAGUAACCCUGGGGGCGUGGGCACACGGGCCCCGGCUGCCAACGGUGGCUCAGAGCGGGCUCAGGCCCCUCGAAGCUCAGGCCUGCGGCGCCAGGCCAUUCAGAACUGGCAGCGCAGACCCCGCCGGCACAGCACGGAGGGCGAGGAGGGUGACAUUUCGGACGUGGGCUCCCGAACCACCGAGUCCGAGGCUGAGGGCCCCUCGGACGUCCCCCGCCCUGGGCCUGCUAUGGCUGGGCCAGUAAGCAGCUGCCGGCUCUCAGCCCGCUCUGAGGGAGGCAGUGGGCGGGGUCGGCGAGCAGAGAGGGGCAGCCCCUCACGUUCCAAUGAGGUCAUCAGCCCAGAGAUCCUCAAGAUGCGAGCCGCCCUGUUCUGCAUCUUCACCUACUUGGACACCCGCACCCUCCUGCAUGCCGCCGAGGUCUGCCGCGACUGGCGCUUUGUGGCCCGCCACCCUGCUGUCUGGACGCGAGUGCUGCUCGAGAAUGCCCGAGUCUGUUCCAAGUUCUUGGCAAUGCUGGCUCAGUGGUGCACCCAGGCCCACUCGCUGACACUGCAGAACCUGAAGCCUCGGCAGCGGGGCAAGAAGGAAAGCAAGGAGGAGUAUGCCCGGAGCACCCGGGGCUGUCUGGAAGCAGGGCUGGAGUCCCUGCUGAAGGCGGCGGGGGGCAACCUGCUGAUCCUGCGCAUCUCCCACUGUCCCAACAUCCUCACUGACCGCUCGCUCUGGCUGGCCAGCUGCUACUGCCGCGCUCUGCAGGCCGUCACCUACAGGAGCGCCACAGAUCCUGUUGGCCAUGAGGUCAUUUGGGCCCUGGGCGCAGGCUGCAGAGAGAUAGUCUCCCUCCAGGUGGCGCCACUUCACCCCUGCCAGCAGCCCUUGCGCUUCAGUAAUCGUUGCCUGCAGAUGAUCGGUCGCUGUUGGCCCCACCUCAGGGCCCUGGGGGUUGGGGGUGCCGGCUGUGGGGUGCAGGGCCUGGCAUCACUCGCAAGAAACUGCAUGAGGCUGCAGGUCCUGGAGCUGGACCACGUGUCAGAGAUCACCCAGGAGGUGGCGGCUGAGGUCUGCCGGGAAGGCCUGAAAGGGCUGGAGAUGCUGGUGCUCACGGCCACCCCCGUCACCCCCAAAGCCCUGCUGCAUUUCAACAGCAUUUGCCGGAACCUCAAGUCCAUUGUGGUCCAGAUUGGGAUUGCUGAUUAUUUCAAAGAGCCCAGCAGUCCCGAGGCCCAGAAGCUGUUUGAAGACAUGGUGACAAAACUCCAGGCCCUGCGACGGAGGCCCGGCUUCUCUAAGAUCCUGCACAUCAAGGUGGAAGGCGGCUGCUAACCCGGGUGAGGGGCGGCAGGGCCCCUGCCAGCCCCACCCAGGGCACUCUCUUUGGACUUCCAGAGGGACCCUGAUUUGGACUAGACCUUCAGAGGCCUGGUGUCAUCUCUGGCUUCCAGGAAGGGGUUGACGGUUUCCUGUCCUCUCCUGGGAUAGCAGAACAACAGGCCUGACCCUGGGAACUGUCUCUUCAGGGCAGGGGCUCGGACAGAAGCUGCCCCCUGCCCCUACCCAAUCCCCAGCUGGAGCAGCUUUCUGGGCACAGCCAGCGAGGAGCUGUCACCACCAGCACCUGGUGUCUUCCCCCUGAGGGUCUGCAAUAACCACCCAGUGGCCCUUGGCUGCUCUGGCAGGCCUCCAUUCUUGAGGCCCAGCCUCCCGUCAGGUCCUCUGCUAGGCCCCAGGCAGGUCAGACUUGGUAAGGAGGGCUCUUCUCCUGGCCCUGCUCCGUCCCCGCCCUCUGUGGGGCACCCUUCAGACAGCCCACCGGGGACUGGGUCCACAUUCUCUGAGGAUAACACACGGGCCGAGGAGUCUGGGCAAGUGUCAGCCGGAGGUGAGGUAGCAGGAGUGGGCUUGGAAGGGCAAAACAUUCACCCAUAUUCUCUCCCCAGGACAUUGAAACCAUCUCUCCCAAAGGAGGAAAUUGCCAGGAAGAGAAAAAAGUUUCUAUUGAUAUAGGCAAGACCUCCCUCCCCCAAUAACCACAUUUCCCAUACACACAAGAGCUAAAUUCUGAGCUAAAAGGUGCAUGUUUCCAUACCUGUCAGCAAUCCUAACCCAGUCACCUGUGAGAAGCAGUUCCCGUCCUCAAGGAAUGGCCUUCUUUUUUU